AUGAUGUCUCGACAACCGAUCAUGACCAUUUUCCUUGGCAUCGCCAUCACCGCGCUUGCUGCCCUUGCUCUCACAUCCGAGGGCCGCAUUUCUCGAAAGGACCUGAGCAUCGACCUCGGCGGUGGCAGCGGCGCAGGCAUUGGGAUCGGUACUGGGAUUAGCAUCGGCAUAGGUGGUGGCGGUGCCGGUGGCUCUGGCUCUGGCUCAGCGUCCGGGUCGGGAUCAGGCUCUGGCUCGGCCUCAGGUUCCGGGUCCGGUGCCGGUUCAUCGGCGGGAUCCCGUGCGGGCUCUGGUGCAGGAUCGUAUGCUGGCUCUGGCGCCGGCUCUGGUGCGGGGUCAGGAGCUGGUUCCGGCACGGGUUCGGGUUCAGGUUCAGGUUAUGGUUAUGGUCAAGGGCAAGGUGCAGGUGAAGGUCACGGCCAAGGAUCUGGGUAUGGCGAAGGGCAUGGGUCGGGCCAGGGCCAGGGUUCCGGGUCUGGCUCCGGAUACGGUGAAGGAUACGGCGAAGGGCAUGGUCAUGGAAGUGGCUACGGUCGAGGAUCUGGCUAUGGCGAAGGUUACGGCUCCGGUUCCGGCUCUGGCUCCGGCCAAGGAUCAGGAUCCGGCUACGGUGAAGGUUACGGCUCUGGCUCGGGCUCCGGUCAUGGCCAAGGCUCUGGAUACGGUGAGGGUUCAGGAAGUGGAUACGGAGCUGGUACAGGCUCAGGCUACGGCGAGGGACACGGCUACGGCUACGGCUCUGGUUCUGGAAAUGGCAAAUAA